AUGGCUGAAAUUUUUAGGAUGUGCAAACCAAAUGAUGAUCAUUUCUGGUUUAGUAAUCCAAAAUUGAUCUUAUUUCUACUUCAUUUAGUUCUUUUUCAGAAUUCAUUUGAACUCAGCUUUUUCAUUUGGAUUUGGUGGGAAUUUGGAUUGAGAUCUUGUUACCAUGAAAACUUUGAGAUCACCAUUGCAAGAGUUGUUAUAGCGAUUAUUGUUCAAUUUGUUUGCACUUAUAGCACUCUUCCUAUGUAUGCACUUGUAACACAGAUGGGAUCAAAGUUCAAAGGGGCAUAUGUUUGA